AUGGCUGGGAGGAACUACACUGUGGUGACAGAGUUCUUCCUGAUUGCAUUCACUGAACAUCCUGAGUGGGGUCUUCCUCUCUUCUUGGUAUUUCUGAGUUUCUAUCUACUCACUCUGCUGGGGAACUUGGCAAUGAUCAUCCUGAUCCACAAAGAUCACCAGCUCCACACCCCAAUGUACUUCUUCCUCAGUCACCUUUCCUUCAUGGACAUCUGCUACUCCUCCGUCAUCGUCCCUCAGAUGCUGGCUGUGCUGCUGGAACAUGGCACAGCCAUCUCCCAAGCUCGCUGCGCAAUUCAGUUUUUCCUCUUCACAUUCUGUGCUUCCCUUGACUGCUACCUCUUGGCAAUCAUGGCCUAUGACCGCUAUGUGGCCGUGUGCCGACCCCUGCUUUAUGUCACCAUCAUGACUGAGAGGGCCCGCUUGGGCUUAGUGGCUGGAGCUUACAUUGCCGGUUUUUCUAGUGCCUUUAUUCGAACGGUUACAGCUUUCAGUCUCUCCUUUUGUGGAAACAAUGAGAUCAACUUUAUUUUCUGUGACCUUCCUCCUCUGUUAAAACUCAGCUGUAGGGACAGCUACACUCAGGAGGUGGUGAUUAUUGUGUUUGCCAUUUUUGUCAUGCCUGCUUGUAUACUGGUGAUCUUGGUGUCCUACCUAUUUAUCAUUGUGUCUGUCAUGCAGAUCCGCACUGCUGGAGGCUGGGCCAAGACCUUCUCGACCUGUGCCUCCCACCUCACUGCUGUGGCUCUCUUUUUCGGGACCCUUAUCUUCAUGUAUCUGCGAGAUAACUCAGGCCAGUCCUCAGAGGAAGACCGAGUAGUGUCGGUGCUGUAUACAGUGGUGACGCCAAUGCUCAACCCCCUCAUAUAUAGUCUGAGGAAUAAGGAGGUAAAAGAGGCUGUUAGGAAAGCCCUGAGCAGGUCAAAAACUUCUGGAUGGCCGUAG